CUGGGGGCGAAGCCCGGCUGGGAGCCCGCCGGCGGUCCUCUUGCGGGUCCGCGGCCCGGAACCUCCCUGCAAGACAGUCCCAGGGACGUUCCCCACACCAAGCAGAGUCUGGGCUGGGAUGGCUCACUCCCCGGCUCCUCUGAACCUGACGAAGGAGGGGCCUGUGGGAGUCAAGGAGGACCCUGGCCCGACUUGGGGACCGGGACUCUGGCUGCAAGGACACAGCAGAGGCAGCGGCUGGGAGCGGCCAUGCAGGCAGUUCCGGCAGCUGCGCUAUGAGGAGACCGCGGGGCCGCGCGAGGCGCUGGGCCGGCUCCGGGAGCUGUGCCGCCUGUGGCUGCGGCCCGAGACCCACACCAAGGAGCAGAUCCUGGAGCUGCUGGUGCUGGAGCAGUUCCUGACCAUCCUGCCCGGGGAGCUGCAGGCCUGGGUGCGGGGGCAGCAUCCCGCCAGCUCGGAGGAGGCGGUGGCUGUGGUGGAGGGUUUGCAGCCCCAGCGUGGAGAACAGGGGGCACAGGACCCAGGCCAGGCAAAGUCACAGAAAAUGCCUGUGGGGGAGACGGGGCCCCCGAAAGCCAAGCAGAAGCCGCAGGUCCAGGCAGACCGUGAAGCUGCAGAGUCUGAGCAGAAGGGGGAGAAGAAAAGGACGGAGAAUGAGAAUCCCACUGUCGAGAUAGACUCUCACGGAGGAGUGGAGUCACCCACGAAAACCACCCAGCCCUUCGAGGCACGUUGUGUGGUCUCUGAUGGGGAUAGGCAGCAGACCAAGCCCCAGGAGAAGACUGGCCUUCAGUGCUCAGGACAGGGGGAGGGACGUGCCCAGCACUCGGACCCAAGCAACGAUGCAGGUGCGUGCCCUGGAGAGAAGCUCUGCGACUCUGACGUGCCUCCAUGUUCUAGUCCGACUAGGCCUCAAAAAAUUGGCUCCAGAGACAAAGGACAUCAGUGUCACGAGUGUGGGAAGGCCUUUCAAAGAAGUUCACACCUUGUUAGGCAUCAGAAAAUCCAUCUUGGUGAGAAGCCUUAUCAGUGCAAGGAGUGUGGAAAAGUCUUCAGCCAGAACGCAGGCCUUCUGGAACACCUCAGGAUCCACACUGGUGAGAAACCAUAUCUCUGUAUUCACUGUGGUAAGAAUUUUCGGCGCAGCUCCCACCUUAAUCGACACCAGAGAAUUCACAGUCAGGAGGAGCCCUGUGAGUGCAAGGAGUGCGGAAAAACCUUCAGUCAGGCCCUUCUCCUCACACACCACCAGAGAAUCCACAGUCACUCCAAAAGCCACCAGUGUAACGAGUGUGGGAAAGCCUUCAGCUUGACCUCAGACCUCAUUCGACACCACAGGAUUCACACUGGAGAGAAGCCUUUCAAAUGCAGCAUCUGCCAGAAGGCCUUCCGACUCAACUCACACCUCGCUCAGCACGUGAAGAUUCACAACGAAGAAAAGCCCUAUGAGUGUAACAACUGUGGAGAAGCCUUCAGGCAGAGGUCAGGUCUUUUUCAACAUCAGAGGUAUCACCACAGGGACAAACUGGCUUGAUGAGGCGGCCAUGUUAGACACAGGACAUUUAACAAAAAGCGCUUCAGCAGCAGUCACUCCAGCCCACUCCGAGACGUCAGAGCAUGCUUGGGGACCAAGCUGGAGACUCUCUGCCGUCACCCCUUCUCCUUGGUUUUUCCUUGAAGUCAGCUUUGGAUCACAAACUUCUGACAGUUCUGUGGGAUGAAAGCAAAACAGCACUGUGGGACUUCAGGUCCUUUCUCAUGGCAGACACAGGACUCUGCAUCUGUGAAUAAUACAAGCCUCAGGCUUGAGUGAGGACUGGGAAAUCAGCAGCGAACCGGGUGUCCACAGACUCACGGGCUUAAAAAUAACAAGAGCAGGUUGAUAUUUUUGCAUCAGACUCAUGUACAAUAAAAGUAAUAAUGUUUGGAAAUACACCGCAGUCAAAGCUGUCCUCGAGUGCCGAUGAGUGGUGACCAUUUGCCCUCACUGGCUUUACUCCCUACCCCGUGCCCACUGUUGGCACCUCCGUACUUCCUGCCCCCAGCCCCAACAGCAGAAACAUUGUGGACAGCAAAGACAAUCUAGUUUUCCCACUGUCUACCCCCAUCCUUGCCACUCUGCUUCUUGGAUCAAGUUAGGAAGGGAAGAGAUUUCCUUUGAAAUGAAGCCAAGCUGAAAUAAUCCCAGUGUCAACAGUCUUACUUGACAGCUGCGGUGUGCUGUAUCAGGAGUGCCUGGAGUACACUUGUUUCCUUCCCGUGACGCUUUUAGUUAGUUUGAUUGGGUAUAUAAACCUUGCCAACCAACCAACCACCAUUAACCCCUAAUUAAGACACCCGGAUCAUCCAAAGUCUUUGUGGAAGACAAUCCAGUGAGUUGCACUAUAUUCUAAGAUAUAUGUAUUCUUGUUAGUCAUUUAAGUUAGCUCUAGUCAGCCUCAUAGCCAAUAUUUCAGUGACCCUCUGUGUACAUACAAUAUCCUUGUACCUGUAGACUUAUUCACUUGCCAUAACUAGAAUAGAUGUAACGAUGGGCAGGUAUA